AGACUUGAGCAUCUCAGUGAUGUACAUCUCCAAGCAGCACUGCAGCUGGAUGAAGAGCCUGCAGAUCUCUGGAUGGAUCUCUCCAUCCUCAGGUCUUAUGGAGAUGCAGGUGGGGGUGAUGAUUAGGACAGUCAUGUGUAAAGGGAUUGCUUUUUUGACUCCAGCUGUUAUCUGGAAAAAUCAGUCUGGUGAGGAACAUCACAACUUUUGCUAAAGCCCUGUUCACAUCAAAUCAAGAAUGUCAUACCUUUCGCCCAUCUUAGUUAUUGGAGGACAAGGAGGUUCUGCCUUUGACUUCAGUGGUACCAACAGUGGAGCAACACUGAAAAAGAUAUGGGUGUGGGUUGUGAGCUCGCGGGUGAAGGCUUUGAAGAUUUGGCUUACUGAUGGUCAAAACCAAGAAUUUGGAAAUCCUGCAGGGGAUUUUUCUGAAUUUGAGUUCGGGGAUGGAGAGCAUAUCACCAAGCUUUCACUGUGGGGAAAUGGUGCUGGAACACGUUUGGGUGCUAUAAAAUUCCGAACAAGUUCCUCACGGGAGUUCUUUCCUCAAAUGACCGAAUGGGGGCUGAAAACUGAGUACCAUAUUGAUGUUGGCUCUGGGAUCUGCGUUGGACUUUGUGGAAGGUCUGGUUCAGACAUUGAUUCCUUAGGUUUCCAAUUCAUUAAUACCAUCAAGUCUACCGUAUUGAAGGAUGUCCAGUACCCCACACUUCAUGAUGUAAUACCCCAGGUGGCUGUUGAGGAAAUCAAGUCCAUGACCUACGAAAACAAAUCUACUGUCACUCAAGAAUACACAUUGGAAACGUCUAAAACCGUCACCAAAAAGUCAUCGUGGUCUGUGACCAACAAGUUAGAAACAAGCUUUAACAUUGAGGUGAAAGCAGGAAUUCCAGAGGUAAUAGAAGUAUCUACUGGAUUUAGCUUCACAGUGGGAACAGAAAGCACACAUACUUUAGAAGAAGAGACAUCCACUACUGAGACUCUGUCUUUUCCGGUUAGUGUUCCUGCUGGGAAGACCGUACAUGUUGACGUCACUAUUGGUAGAGUUACAGUUGAUCUCCCCUACACUGCCACAGUGGAAAUUACCUGUCUCAAUAACAGUGUUCUGAAGUUUAACACCAGUGGAACCUACUAUGGUCUCACUUACACAGAUGUAAAAGUAGUUACAAAGUAAAAUCCUUAAACUGUUGCAUAGGCAGAUUCACAAUGAUUUAUGUGAUGUCUAUGUCUGAAAUAGUUAUCUGAGGACAGAUCAAUGUCAUCAAAGAAACCAUAGUUUAAACUGAUGUGUUUAACUUGUGAAAGAGACCAUGGGACAACAUAGUGAACUAUUUGAUUACGUUUGAAGAAUGGUGAUUUCAAUCGUUGAUUUCAAUGUGUAAUGAUAUCACCCCAAAAAAUCGGUAUAAAUGGAAUACAGUAAAAAAAACAACAACAAAAAAACAUUGCUUUUAGAAAUGACGUGUCAAAUCCUAAUGUCCGCUGUUGCAGGAGAACUCCUGAGGGUGUAUAAAAUCCUGUUCAUAUCAAUUUUACUUCAUGUAAGACAACUAGAAAAUGUAUAGGCAGUGUCUCCUCUAUGAAUUCAAUCAUUAAAAGAAGUGCUUGACCAAAUUGUAUUUGCUGUUUGAGCUUUAGUGCUUGCCUCGUGUAUCAGUUAAAAAAGUGUGCUGUGGCUAAGUUUCCACAGCAUGUGGAAGUCUACUCAGUUGCUGUACUAACCAUUUUGUAAAACAAUCCAUCAAUAAAAUCUAGCAAUUCAGA